AUGGAGAUCCCGAAGAUAGACCUCCGCGGGCUGGAGCCCGGCAGGCUGGGGUGGGAGGAAGCCCGGGCCGCGGUGACCGCGUCCAUGGUAGCGCACGGCUGCGUCAUCGUCGCGCACGACGCGCUCGGCCCGGACCUCCGGCGGCCGCUGUUCUGCCGCGCCAUGCCGGAGGUCUUCGCGCUCCCGCUGGAGGCCAAGCAGCGGAGCGACUCCCGCUGGGGGGCCGUUCAACGGCUACAUCAGUGGGAACAUGCUGAAGCUGGAGCGGAUGGUGGAGAAGAUGACGCUGGAGGGCCUCGGCGUCGGGACGAGAAGAGCGUCGGCGACCACCUCGAGUCGCUCACCCACGGCGUGCGGCUGUCGCGCUACGGCGCGCCCCUGGACAAGGAGACCGGCGUGUCCAUGAAAGAGCACCGCGACGACACCAUGGUAACGGGGAUCGUGCAGCACGAGGUGGAAGGCCUCGAGGUGCAGGCCAAGGACGGGGGCUGGACCGCCGUCCCUCCCAAGCCGGACACGGUCACGUUCGUUGCCGGCGAGCAGUUCAGGGUCGUCACGAACGGGCGGGUGCCGGCGUGCCUCCACCGCGUCAGGACGCCAACCUGCCGCGAGCGCUUCUCGAUUCUGUUCGGUUGCCGGUCCAGGGACAACGCCACGGUGCGCGCGAUGGACGAGCUCGUCGUCGACGGUGACCAGCCUCUGUGGUACGAGCCCGUGAGGUACGAGUACUCCAGCGCGCUAAUCGGGCGAACCGCUGAUGGAUUGGAGAAAGAUGAACCCAUCAUGGCGUGA